AUGAGUGAGAGGGCAGAGAGGGAGAAAGAAGAAACCUUCCUAGCGCCAGAGGAGUCAAGCAGAAGUAGAGCGGAAAGGUGGGUACGAACGGGGGAGAAGUGGGGAACAAGUUUGAAGGAGAGCGACGACGGAGAAAGGCAGACGGGAAAGAAGAGUGUAGAAAAGGUAGCGGAGAAGAGAGGAAGACCCACGAAGGUGGAGCAGCUGGGAAAGGAGAAAAGGGAUAGCAGUAUCACGAGUAUUCGGAGCUCGUGGUUCUCGAGGAGGGGAAAAGAGUGUGACGAAGAAGAUAGUGAAGAAGAACAGCAAAACGAGAAACGCGAGAAGGAAGGUGAGAGAGGGAAAUCGUUGGAACAACAAACAAAAACAGAGGAAAAAGAAGUUACAAAUAUGGAGGAGAUGGAAAAAAUGAUGAAGAGACUACUAAAGCAACAGAAAGAGGAUAUAGUAAGAGAGAUAAAAAGAGAAGUAAAGGAAGAGAUAAAAGAAAUGAAGAGGCAGUUGAAGAUGAAAUUUGAGAAAUUCAAAGAGGAAGAGAAAGAAAAAAGGAAGAAAUUAGAAGGAGAAAAUGAAGAACUGAGGGGGAGAGUAAAAGAGAUAGAAAAAAGGAGAGAAGAUCAAGAGAGAAGAGACAGAAGAUUUAACGUAGUAAUGAGGGGGGUAGAAGUGGAAGGGGGAAAGGCGAAAGAAGCUGCAUUAAGGGUUUUGGAAAAGUUGGGGGGGUUAGAUAAAGAAAUAAAAAUAAGAGAAGUAUAUAAGAUGGGGAAUAGAAUGAAUGAGAGAUUAAAAAGAAAAGAUGAAGAUUUCUGGGAUUUCUUGAAAGAUUAUGAUGUGAUUGGAUUAACGGAGACAUGGGUGGAGGAAGCGGGGUGGAGGAAGUUAAAAGAAAAAAUGCCGGAAGGAUGGAGGUGGAAAUGUCAACCAGCGAGGAGAGAGAAGAAAAAGGGGAGAGCGAUGGGAGGAACAAUAACGGGGGUACGAAAAAAAAUAGAAGAAAGAAAUGGAAGUGAAGAGGAUGUAGAGGGUAUACAGCAAAGGGAGGUUACUAUAGACAAGGAGAGGUGGAGAAUCAUAACGGUAUAUAAUAGAGAGGGGAGUAAGGACGCGCUAGAUAGAUUGAGAAAGGUGAUAGUAGAGAGGGAAAAAGGAAACAUGUUAAUAGCGGGAGAUUUUAAUGCCAGAACUGGUAGGGAGGGGGGAUGUUGUGUAAAAAGUGGGGAAGAAGAAGGAGGAAAAGGCAAAGAGCGGAGGUCGAGAGAUGGAGUGAUAAAUAAACAGGGAUAUGAGCUGAUUAAGGCAGUGGAGGAAAGGGGGUGGAUGAUACUAAAUGGGAGGAAAAGGGGGGAUGAAGAGGGAGAGUGGACGUACGAAAAAGCGGGUGGGAGAUCAGUGAUUGACUAUGGGAUUACAAACUUGGAGGCAGAAGAGAAAAUUAGGUCUUUCAAAAUAGGAUGCAGGAGAGAAUCAGAUCACUACCCAAUAAUGAUAGAGUUAGGAAAGGAAUAUAUAAGGGAGGAGAGGAAACAAAAGAGGGAGGCAGAGAUGAUACAGGAUUGGUCAAACGAGGGAGUAGAAUAUUUUAGGAGUAAUAUAGAGAAGAUAGAAUGGGAAAAGGAGGAUGUGAAAGGAGGAUGGGAAGAAUUGGAAGAAGGAGUGAAAAGAGCGGUUAAAAUGAAGAGGAGAGGGGGAAGAAAAGGGGUAGGAUGGGUUCUAUGGUGGGACAAGGAGUGUAGGGAGAAAAAGAAAGAGGUGAAUAGGGCAGGGAGAAAAUAUAGAAGGAGAAAGAUGGGAUAUAAUGAGUUUGUAGUAAAGAGACGGGAAUACAGAGAAUUAUGUGAAAAGAAAGAAGCAGAACAGAGGAGAUUGGAGGAGGGAGAGAUAAAAAAGAUAACAACAGAAGCGCAGGCAUGGAAAUUUAUUAAUAGAGGAAGGAAGAAGAGGGAAGGAGUAAGUAAUGAGAUUAAAAUGCAGGAAUGGGAAGAGUAUUUUAUGAAAGCGUUAGAAGGAGUUAAAGAGAGAAGUGUAGGAGAAGGAGAAGAGGAGGGACGGAGAGUGGGGAGAAAGGAUGAAGAAGGAAUAAGCCGAGAGGAAGUAAACAUAGAAAUAGAAAGAUUAAAGAAGGGUAAGGCGGCAGGGAUAGAUGGAAUAAGAAAUGAAGCAUGGAUGAAGGGGGGAGAUAAAAAGGGUGAGGAAAGAGUUGGACGAAAAAAAGGAUGGGGUAGGACUCAAGCAAGAUUUAUAAAGGGAAGAGGAACAAUAGAAAACAUAAAGAUCUUAAAACACAUAGUAGGAAGAAGAUUGAAAGAAAAGAAAAAGGUGUGGGCUUUCUUUAUAGAUUUAAAAGGUGCGUUUGAUAAAAUAGAUAGGAGGGUGCUAUGGGAAAUGAUGAGGAGAAGAGGGAUAAGUGAGAUACUGAUAGAAAGAGUGAGGGAGAUUUAUGAGGAAACAAGAUGCGUGGUAAGAGUAGGGGAGGAGGUUUCGGCGGAAUUCGGCGGUAGAAAAAGGGAAGAAGAACUAAGGAAGGGGAGAGGAGGAGUGAAAGUGGGAGGGGAGUCGAUAGAAUAUGCUGACGAUAUUGUGGUUGUGGCGGAAGAAGAAGAAGGAUUAAGGGAGAUGAUAAGAACAAUACAAAAGUAUUUAAAAGAGAAGAAACUAGAAUUGAGCCCAGAAAAAUCAAAAGUUAUGGUAUUUAGAGAAAAAGGGAGAAAGGAGAAAGAAAGGUACUGGUGGUGGGGCAGGGAGAGGAUAGAAGAGGUCAAGGAAUAUAAAUAUCUGGGAUACUGGGUGACAAGAUAUGGGGGGGAUAGGAAGCAUGUGAAGGAUAGGAUAAGGAAAGUAAGAGUAGCUAUGGGGUGGGUGUGGAGCUAUGAGGAAAGAAAGUUCAAGGGGGACAUAAGAUGGAGAUUAAAAUUAUUUGAUAGCAUAGUGAAAGGAAUAUUAUUGUAUGGGGUGGAGAUAUGGGGAUAUAAAGAAUGGAAAGAAGUAGAGGCAUUACAAGAAAAAUAUUUGAGGUGGAUUUUAGGGGUAAACAGCUGGACUCCGGGAUAUAUUGUGAGGGAGGAAUUGAAAAGAAAAAAAAUGAGAGUGGAGACUGGGUGGAGAGCGGGAAAGUUUGAAGAGCGGUUACAGGAAGGAAAGGGAGGGGAAAUAGGAAAAGAAAGUAUGUUAGAACGAAGGAAAGAUGAAAGAGAAAAACGAACAGAAAAUUGGACAAAAGAAAGUUUAGAGAGGAGGGAGUAUAUGUGGAGAGGAGGAGUAAGUGAGGAAGCACUAAAUUUAUGGGGAGCAGCAAAAUAG